CGCGCGCGCACGCAUCAGUCGCUCGCGGUCCUACACGAAGCACGCAUUGUUUUCCUGUGAUUUCGCAUUUCCCUUUCAAAUUACGUGUUUUAUUGUGUAUUCUGACUGAAGUGUGAUAAUAAAUAACGUCAAAUAACAUUAUGCUUACAUACGUAGACUUAUAGUUCGUGUGCCGUCAUCAUAGUGGGAAAUACAUGCCGGAGCCGGUCUUUAUGAGGGUGUGAGCGACCGAGUGCGAUGGUGACGUGAGGCCCUAGCAUGCGUUGGUGGUCGUGGUGGCCGGUCCUGCUGGCGCUGCUGGCGCCGAGCCGCGCGCAGGCGCCCGUACCCACCAUUUGCGAAGAGGAGUUCUGCCGGUGCGACUCAUUCACCAGGGUCAUUUGCAACUGCACUGCUGACAGCGAGGUGACCCUGAGACCCAACGGCGCCUACAGCGUGCCCUCAACAACGACAGGCAUUAUCAUCGACGGUUGCGCUCGAGUCCAUUUUCUCGCCGACACUGCGAGGAACCUCAUCCAACUGCGAGCCGUGGAGCUAACCAACGUGGGGCAUGUCGUCAUCAACGAGCACGCCCUGGCGUGGUCACCGUUCCCGAGGGAGAACGAGAUGCAACCCGGAAUCAGAAUAGUCAUACGAAACAGCACAGUCAACGAAAUAUCGUCAUACGCGAUACAGGGCCGCGUUAACGACAUCGUCAUCAGCGACAGCGUGAUUGAUAACAUGAGACCGUUCGCGUUUUCUAGUCUAAGAGGUGUUAGAAAUGUUGAACUUACAAACAACGUAUUUCGCAACAUCGCUAUUCAGGCGUUCAAGCAGUUUACAGCAGUAAACUUCAUUUUACGAGGAGGUACAAUAGAAACACUGCCUAGCAGAUUCCUAUCCCAGGUGGAAGUGACCGACUUGUUCCACAUGGACGGCGUGACCGUCCGUCACAUUUCUAGUUUAGCAUUUUUUGUCAAUUCACCAAAGAGAGUUCUCAUAGAGAGUAAUACGAUAGAAACAUUAGAAGCCGACGGCUUUCACAUGGUAACGCAUGGGCCUAUUACUUUUAGAAAUAAUUCUGUGACAACGCUGAGGAAAAACGCAUUUCUAGGGUUCACCGUGGCGCCCGAAAUAUCGUCAAUCAAAGGUCGGCUCGAGAUUUUGAUUGACAACAAUACCAUAACAAACCUAACACCUCAGUCACUGACGGUCAAUACUACAACACUCAAUCUACGAAUCGACGGAUUUAAUUUGAACGCAUCAUGUACUUGUGAAUUAGCUGAAGAUUGGCGCGAAUUAGUCAAGGAACAGGGUGUCAUAAACUGCUGGUACGACUUAGAAGGACAUUUUAUUUCUGUGCCGACAUUCGUGGACAGUCGUUGCGGGAGGUUCAAACAGACAUUUUGGAUAUUCGUUGUGAUAGGGGUGCUCGUAGUGUUGAUAAUAGCGGCGGCAGUGACGUUUUUCAUAGUGAGACGUGAGAACGAGAAAAAGAAGAAAGUACAGAUAGUGUUGCCGGACGGAAAGACGUACAGGGAAACUGAGUUUCAUAUUGUAGUAGAAAGAGCCGAGCUACUGACCACCGACCUGUGACGGGGCUUGUGCGAGCCUGGUCUCCGGUGAACAAUGCACUUCCACUACAAAGUACGGACAUUCCGCAACUAAUUAAAUACAUAAUUUAGGUUAGCUCUCCUAC